UGGGGAAGGGGCGUGGGAAGUGUGGUUCAGAGUGUGUGGCGGUGCGGCCGGCGCAGGGUCGGUGCUCCGCGGAAUUUGCUAGUUUUCUUGUCCCGAGCCGAGUGGACCCUGCUCCGAAGCCUUUGGGAAUGGGUGAAUUUAAAGUCCAUCGAGUACGUUUCUUUAAUUAUGUCCCACCAGGGAUCCGCUGUGUGGCUUACAAUAACCAGUCAAAUAGAUUGGCUGUUUCACGAACGGAUGGCACUGUGGAAAUUUAUAACUUGUCAGCAAACUACUUUCAGGAGAAAUUUUUCCCAGGUCAUGAAUCCCGCGCUACAGAAGCUCUGUGUUGGGCAGAAGGACAGCGACUCUUUAGUGCUGGGCUCAAUGGAGAAAUUCUUGAGUAUGACUUACAGGCAUUAAAUGUCAAAUAUGCUAUGGAUGCCUUUGGAGGACCUGUUUGGAGUAUGAUUGCUAGCCCCAGUGGCUCUCAACUUUUGUCUCCCCCAGACCUUUUUGACUUGUUCUCAUGUAGCUCAGCAAUUCUGAGCCGCUGCCAGCUGUAA